AUCGAUGGCGCACAUACAUCCUGCUCUGAUGUUUCUGUUCGGUACGUAGCCAGCCAAGUUACUUCCCACUUGCACACGGUAGUUUGAACUCUCGCAUACCUGCAUUUUGCCCCUCGCUAUUCAGUAACUAAUGAAAAUUCGGUUGGGAGGAGCUUCAUUUCUUUACCGCGAGGUCUCCAGACAUAUAAACCCGACAGCAGAUGUGUAAAUGCACACUGGAGUUCUGUCAGCCCGACCAGGUACAACACAUUAGUCCUUGAGAUCCGUCAUCCCGCUCUGCCAGUCCGGAGACAAAACAAUGAACAAAGUACUUGUCACCUUUUUCCUCAUUAUGACUCCUUGCCUCGUUCAAACAACAGACUCCUCAGCAAGUCGCCAAGGUCGUGGAGCCAUUGGUAGAUUAGCAGCAGCAGGAACAGAUUGGUGUUAUGUUGCGGAUACGGCUGGGUCCUGUAAAGAACCCUCUGCUUGGAACACACUAGCAAAUUCUGUCUGUGGAGGAAAAUCUCAGUCACCUGUAAAUAUUGCCAGAAAGGCAGCUGUACUGGACUAUAGUCUGAAAAAAUUCGUAUUUGAAGAAUAUGACAAAGACAUCACUGUGGGUGUGGUGAACAAUGGUUAUACUGUUGAAGUAAACCUUGCACAGUCUGGUGCAAAAAUUAGUGGUGGAAAACUUAAUGGGAAAUACAAGGCUCUGCAGUUUCAUCUACACUGGGGAAAGGCCGGUGAAAAUGGGUCUGAACACCAAAUAGACGCUAAACAGUUUCCAGCGGAGCUGCACAUUGUCCACAUGAAAGACACCUUUACAUCUAUAGCAGAUGCUCUAAAAGAAAAGGAUGGUGUAGCAGUUCUGGGAUUUUUUUAUGAGGUCUCAAAAGAUGACAAUUCCAAGUAUGCUCCACUAAUUGAUGUACUAAGUCAAGUCGCCACCCCUACAGGAGCAGGAGGUGCAAGCACAGGAGAAGCAGUCACAACUGCAGCAUCAGAAGCGGCUGGAGAUCGCCAAGGUGGUGGAUCCAUUUUUGGGGCAGAAAGGGCUACUGGAAAUGUACAAAUAAAGAUAAAGUUGUCAGAUUUUAUUCCAAGCACUGGAGAUUUAACCAAAUAUUACCGUUAUGAUGGAUCUCUCACCACUCCUAACUGUGAUGAAGCUGUUGUGUGGACUCUGUUUGAAACCAAAAUUAAACUGUCGGCAACCCAGAUUGGAAAGUUUCCAGGUACCCUUAAAACUAAAUCUGGUGCUGCUCUAGUGAAGAACUUUCGACCCCUUCAGGCUCUAAAUGACAGAAAGGUUUACUGGUCCGGCUGCAGCUCUUUAUCACCUGGAAUUGCACUCCUGCUGCUUUCUAGCAUCUCCACACUGGGACUGACUAUUAGAUUUCACUAAGGAUUCCCUUUGGCAAAUAUAUUUUACAAAUAUUUAAAUUUGAUAAGUAUCUGUUUGCUGAAAGUUUUUUUGUUUUUAUGACUGACCAGAUGGAUGACUUCUUAAUGAGCAUGUUUUUCCCAGUCAAUUUUUUUUUUAAUAAUAACAACUUUUGUGUGAGUUUUCAAAAAAGAUAAUUUUUAAAUACUAAGUAUAUAUUUUGCUAUAGUUUUUUUCAAAACAUUUUUAUAUCCUUGCUACAGUGGAAAUGCAACUCUUGGCUGAAGACCUCCACAGGGAAAUAAAUACUUAGUCUUGUUUUCAGGGAUGUUAAAUGAUAAAGAGCCAUGAGUUUUUCCAUGCAUUGUCAGGUUUGCACAGUCCUGUAUGGAAAGAAUGUGAGAUGUUAGUUAUUUAUUCAUUUCACCAGUUUUCAUAAUUCAAUUUGCUAGUGAUAUUGCUUAUUUUUUAAAUACGAGUUUAUACCAGAAUGCAGGCAAAGAGUAGGUCUUGUUAACGGUCCGCCAUCUCUCCCUACCCCAUCUCUUGCCCUUCAGCGAACUCCUAGUCUUGUAUGCUCACGCUAUCUCCGCCUGUAUUUGACUCCGUCCCAUCUCAUUUCCAUCACCGAUUGUAUGGUCACGCUAUCCUUGCCUACAUUUGCCCCUGCCCCAUCUUGUGUCCUGCAGCAAGGACCCUCUCCAAGUUGCAAACCAUGACUUUAAUGCCAGUAGUAGUCCCUUCUGAAUCUCCACUGAGUAGUAAUAUGGAUAUGUAGAUAGACACUCCAGUAUAAACCUGCAUAUUUUAUCCAAAUAUAAGUGGCCUAAUUUACUUGAUUGACAGAACACCUACCCAAUCAGAAUUGUCUCCGCAUCUGUUGGGAUGAUCUUUUUAGGCCACAAGUACAAGUUAGGCGUUGCUUGAGAUUUGAUUUUUUUAAUAUGAUUCAAGAAAGGAGUUGUGUGUGUGGUGUGAUGUUCUCGGCUAGUGUAAUAAAGAAACCUAUAUAUACUAAUUAUUCUAUGAUUGUAUUGGUUUUGCUUAUAAAAUACCAAAGGUAAAUGACUGAAAUGUCUCGACUGGUGUCAUAAAGACACCUAUAUAUACUCAUUAUUCUAUGAUUGCAUUGGUUCUGUUUGUAAAAUACCAAAAUACCAAAGAUAAAUAACUGAAAUGUCUUAUCAGUUGCUUGAAUUUGGUUGAAUGGAUUAUAUUUGUUACUUUUUGUUUUUACCUUUUCUCCUUUUGUUUCAAUGCUUUCUUUAUCACACUUUUUCUGCUGUUACAGAGUAAACCUCUAUUUUAAAAGAUAUGCGGAAGUUCAGGUUUAAAUUGCAUAAUAGCAAAUGAAAAAAUGAACACAUUUAUGCAUUGAUUGUGUCCAUAUUUGUAUCUGUUGUUUGAAGUUGUUUGCAUAGAUUGUGUCCAUAUAAGUUGUUUGGUGUGUGUAUUUUUUAUCUUUAUGUUAUGCUUUAUUGUCUUCCAAGUUGUAAAGCUUUAUCUCACCUUAACGUGCUGUUACAGAGUAACAUCUAAACACAUUACACAUUUUAAGUUCAGGUUUAGUUUGGAAUACAUAUAGUAAAUGAAAAAAUAGCGCACAUUGCACACUGACAUCAGGGUUGAACCCCAGUCUGCAUCUGCUCUGUUUAAAACUUCUGCCUUGAUCAGAUUAUUUUUGCUUCAGUAUGCCCCACCAAUAUGGUCAUGUUUGUAAAUUGGCUGAUUUUUGUAAGUUUUCAUAUCAAUAUGCAGAGAUAGUCUUACUGUGUGAUUUUGGGGCCUUCUGUCAUUAUAUAAAAAGCUCCUUCCAAAUACAUUACAACAUAAAGACAAUAAUGCCAGCAGCCAACAUAACAAUUCAAAAGUGCCAGAGGAGGAAUUUAUAGUUGCAAAACAUAAGGUGUACAAUAUAUUUUUGAGGAGGAUUUUCACUUCUGUUUCUUGGCAAUGCAUGGAAAGUUGUGUGUGUUGUGUCAGGAGAUGAGGCUCUUAACGACGGGUUUAUUUUCAUAAUGUUGACACAUGUAAUGCCACUCAAAUCAAAGCCUUGUGUGAACUGUUGACUUUUGCCAGUUAAUCGCUCAAGAAGGUACUCGGCAUUUCCAAUGUGGCAGCUUUGGACUGCCUUGACAGAUUGUUCAAGUACAGCCUGCUCCAGUUAGUAACAUCCCUCUCUGGACUUUGAAGAGCCACUCAUCCAGUACAUA